AUGCAUCAAGUUCAAAACUCCCCUGCGGGGGAGACUCCUUCUCUUCCUCUUCAGUCUCUGCCUGCUUCUUCUCUUCCUCUCCACUCUCUGCCUGCACCGUCGUCGCCUCCUUCAGCGCCUGCCCCUUCUCAGCUCUCUCCACUGUAUCCGGAGACCGAGAUGCUUUCCUCUUUCUUCGAGACGCGGCCGCAGCCGCUGCAGCCGCUGCUCCUCCUCGCGCUUCAGCGGUGUGCGAGGGACUUUCGGAGUUGCGCGCGAGUGGCGCAUGCGCAGCUGUCUCUGUUGGCUUCGCGAGGCAGCGACGAAGAGCCUGCAUGCGCCGAUCGCGAGGAAGAGAACCGCAGAGCGGCGAGCACCAUGAUUCGGACUGCACUCAUUCAGUACUGUCGCCAUACACGGGAAAUCCUCUUGAAACUCUUUCUCCUCGAUGUCGGCUGGAGCAGACAGCCGCACCACGGCACCGUGGAGAAGCUCCUGCAGGAAAUCGCAGCCAUGGAUCAGCAGAAACAACGCAUUUCUCAGGAUGCCUUCAUGUCGCAGUGGCAACUGCAGCAGCAGCUCCCUCCACUUCUCCCCCCCGCGCCGCUCAUCGACGCAGCAGUCGACCUGCUUGCCACCGGCAUGUAUCGCCGCCUGCCUCGUCUUCUCCCUCUGCAGCUCACUGGAAGAGCCAUCGACUCCAAAGGCGAAGAAGACGAAGAUGAGAUGGACGAAGUGCGGCGACGCGUAACAGACGCGCUGCUGCUGCGUCUCCAUUUCUCGAAGAUCCCGAAAAGAGAGGUGUACGUACACCUGGAGAAAGACGCCCACGUCCACAUUUCGCUUCCCCACGAGGUUCAUGUGAAGGCGGUCUCCGACCUCACAACCUUGCAGCCUCUAGCUGUUCGUCUCUCGAUUCUGGAGGAGAAUGGAUUCGGCGCGGAUGCAGCAGCUGCGGCAUCGCGUGGUGCAGGCACUCCGGGCGGCAGUGCAGCUCUUGGAGACAACGCAGCAUUUCUGUUUCUUCUGCGAAGUCACCUUUCAGCGGUCGCAGAAAGACUUCAACUGCUGGAGAGCGAGGCCGAGUUGGAUCGCUGGCAGACGGAAGUGCACGAAAAUGCUGAGCGUCAGUUAGAAGUUCUUCAAGCGGAAGAGAAUCUUCUUCGGACUGUCGCCGAAGACCGCGGCCUUGACACCCACGCAGACAGUGCUUGGCCCUCUUCCUCUUCUGGAACUGAUGCGUCUGUGUCUGAAGAGGUCCGCGAGGAGAUCUCGGCGUUUCUCUCGAGCGUCGCUUCAGGUUCUGUGUUGCCGUCUCCUGCGUCCGUCUCGGCGUCGUGCGAUGCCUUCUUCUCCCUGUGGGUCUCCUCGCGCAGGGUCAGCAGUUGCGUGGAAAUGGAUCUUCUUCGCGACCAGGCUCUCCGCUUGCUCCGUCUCUCCUCCGCCGCGACGCUCGCGGCUUCGCGUCUCACUUGUUCGAGCUUGAAGCCGCCUCGCCGUCUCCUCCUGUCGCACGUGACCUUCCGGGCGCUGAAGCAGAGCCUGCACCGGUCCUUGGCCUCGCGCCUCCUCCCCGGCCUCGCCGACGAGGACGCACCCCACACAGGCGGCGAAGCCGAGCGGAGGCCUGUGGGGCUUGGGGGCGACGAGCUCUCGGGAGAGAAGGAGACACAGCGGGAGAAGGAGACAGGGUUCCGCGGAGAGACGAAGGCGCUGCCGUGCAAGGUUGUGGACGAAGAGGAAAGUGAAGAAGAUGAAGACUUGCGAGUUUGGGAGGAGCGAGAGCGCGAGGGUGGUGAAGAAGAGCGAUUCUUCGUCCCGCUCGCCACCGCAGCUGCAAUUGCGGCAGACGCAGAGGGCGACGCUGAAGGAGACGACGGAAAGGAAGACGAGAAGAAGAAAGGUUCCGUCCUUCUGCAGUUGAAAAUCCUCGGUGGAUUCGAUGUCACAUGCGGCGGCCUCAGAAGCAGGUGCCUCCAAUCUCUCUUACAGAAAGCACCCGACGUCGAAUCGUCUUCUUCAGCGACAGAUGUGGAGCCGAGAGAGACACGAGAAGGAGAGGUGAAGAAGGCAGGGGAGAAGAGCGAAGCAGCUGAGGUCAACGACGCGGUUCAGGUGGCGUCGGCUGCUGCCAGCGUACCGUCGAGGCGACAGCUUCUGGGUCCUGCAGUGGAACAAGACAAAGUUGCGAUGCCGGUCUCUCUCGCUUUUAUUCUCUGCGCCUCGUCCUGGCGAGUCUCCGUCUCUCUCUGGCCGCUCCACGCCAUGAUGGAACUCUUCGAGCACCCUUCUUCGUCUUCGUCUUCUUCCUCGACUUCUUCUUCCUCGUCUUCUUCUUCCUCGUCUUCUUCUUCCUCGUCUUCUUCUUCCCCCGCGUCUGGCUUUUUGAGCGCGGCAGACGCGUUUGCGUUGUCGGUCGUUUCCCGGCAAGCCUGUUGGCGGGCGCUGUCGACCUGGCAGCCACACAGGCUUCACCUGGAAGACUGGAUUUCAUGCGCGUCUCAGUGUCUCGGUCUGCUCCAGUUGCUCACGCUCGCCUAUCACCUCCGCUUCCCGCGCUCCAGUGCCUCGGCCGCCGGGUCUUCCGUCGAGGGGGCGUCGCUCCGCGGAGCCUGCAGAGAGAGCGAGGCCGCAUAUCUGCGCAAUGCGCCACCCUCGCGGGAGGCCGACGAAGCAAGCUUCAGGCAAGAGGCCGACGAAGAACUCUGCACUGCGCUCUGUCGCGCAGCUGCUCCGGACUCUCUGGAGCUUCUUCUCGACGGCGAGGCGCUUCCUUUCUUCUCUCUGAGUGCGGAGAAGGAAGCCUCCGCGCCAGCCGCGUUGCCCCCCGCUUCUGUCUCUCCGUCUCCACCUCCUCACACUGUCUCCUCGGUGUCUCCGUCCACCUGUCUCCUUCGUCUGGUCUACCACGGCCGCGCGUGCGAGCUGUCUGUUGACCCCACCACGGGGGCAGGUCAGCUUCGCUGUGCUUGGCUGCCGCGGCGUCUCCGGGAGUUGCUGGCGCCGGUGCCGCGAAGUCUGCGCGACCUUCUUCUGCUGCUCCCCCUCGUCCGGCGAGCGGCCUUUCUCCUGCUUCUCGGCGAAGCGGCUGUCUCUCUUGGCAAAGAGAGAUUCGAUCUCCUGCCCGCCUCCCCUGAUCUCGCGAGCUGGAGUCCGCGCGCGGCGGUCGUCGCGGAAGUGCACGCGCGCCUCCGCGAACGAGAACGGAGGACUGAUGAGGCUCUGAAGGAGAACCGAGGAGCACACAGAGACGGCGGGGAGAUCGCGGACUCCGGAACGUACACAGGUCGAGAGAGAGGCGAGAGCGAACGACGUCAAGGUGAUGAAGAAGUGGACUGCGGAGGCCGAGACGCGUGGACAGGGGUCUGCGCUGGAAAAGGAAGUGCAGUGUCUCAGCCGGUAGGCGGCGUUCUGGCCUCUGAGGCAGCAGAGGCUCUAGAGAAGCUGUUGCAUCUUCGAGUCCACGAAACCGCGGCUUUCCAGACGACGUCCAGAUCUGAAAGAGUCGGACGGAAACGGUUUGGAGGUGCGAACUGCAAGAAGCGAAGCAGGGACGCAGCGACGCCACAUGAGGAGAGCGGGGAAGGCGCGUCGGGUGUCUGCGAGCGCGUCGAGGGCGGACACGAACACGAAGAAGAAGAGAGAACCGCUGAAGAAGAAGACGAGACAUCACAGAGAGAAGGCGCCGCUUUCUUUUCGCCUUCUCCCUCAACGACCUGGACGUCGACAGCGUUCCUCCGCAUCCGAGUUGGAGAUGAAGAAGGGGGCCGUUCUUCCACUCCAGAGUCGGCGUCCUUCUCUGGGUCGUCGUUCCUCGUCGCCUGCGUCUUGUUCGACGACGCCGUCGUCGGCUGUACGUACCUCUUGUUCCCUGCAACGCAGCCGGUGUGUGACUCGGCCGCGUCUGUGUUUGCAGAUUCUCUUGGACAUGUGCUUGGAGAUCAAAACGCGGAGAAAUACGCUUCGCUUCGUUCGAAGCAAGGCGAACCCUGCGCUUCUGUCAGGCUCCUCCACUCUCCGUUCCGGUUGUCUCUGGAGGAGGGAGACGCGACCAGAGGAGCGGGAGAAAGCAAGAGGUCGUUACGCUGCAUCUCCGUAAAAACCUACCUUCGCGCGGUUCACGGGCUCCUCCGCAGACACAUCGGAGUCCUCAAACGCCUCGAGGAACUCGCGUCUCUCCUGCCUCUCGCUCUCCCCUGUACAGCAGAAGCAGACGUCUUUCCAGCGUUUUCCAGAGAGAAGGAGACUUGCGAGUUUGCAGACAACUGCGAGUCCGCAGGCGCCUCGGUUCUCGCUCCAGCCGCUGUCUCUGUGUCGGAGGACGUUUUCUCGGGCAGGAGCCCUUCAUGCGCGGGUGGAGACAAAGCGUCGCGAGGAACCGAGAGGCGAGCGAAGAGAGACCCCGAGAGACAACACGUUUCUUCGGACGAAUCCGAGCGCCGCCUGCUUCGCUGUUUCCUGCUGGAGCGGCUGCUGGCCUGCGAUCUUUGCGACGCUCCUACGGUUACAAGCCGCGUCACGUUCAGCGAGUCUGCAUGCGUUCGACAUGACGACCAGAAGGGUGAAGCGAAGAAGGUGGAGACAGGCGAGAGAGAAGACGAGUCGAACCCGGAGGAGGAAGCCUUGCUCCUAGCGUGUUCGGUGAACCAGGACGCCUCAGAUGCGCUGUCUGGACAGCCGAGCAGCCGGCGGUCGCUCCUCAGUUUCCUCUUUUCUCGUCCCCUCUCUGAACGGAGUCCUGCGACGACUGCUUGCGACUCGGAGAGGAGCAGCAGCUAUUCGCCUCUGCUUCGCCCCGGCGCCCCCUUUUCUUUCUUUCUUUUCCUUUCCGCCUCACGCCUCGCCUUCGUCUGCAAGCCUGAGAACGCUCAAGCCAGUGAAGUUAUCCUUCCCUUCUCGGACUUCCUCAACAGUCUGCAGAGCGACGCGAGAAGCGCAAGCGUCUCUUCUAUCAUGUCUCGAGUUUCAGCUUCUCUGUGGGCCAAGGCCGCAGCGAAGGAACCAGCGACCAGGGAGGAGGACGCACGAGGAACAGACGGCGGAAGCGACAGCGAGGGAACAAAUGCAGGAGCCGCAAGACAGGCGAGACCAGACAGAGAAGACAGAGAAAACAGAGAAGAGAGGAGAGAGGCAGGAGACUUCUUCUCGCCCGUUGUGAAGUUGCUUUGGAGGGUGCGGGAGAGCGACGCGACAGGGGGAGAAGAAGCGAGUGUUGCCGAGGGGGAAAAGGAGACUAAAGUGGUGGAGACAGCCGGCGACAAAACUGAUGAGAAUCCCGAGCGCGGGUCGAUUUCGGAGUCGACAGAAGUCCACAUCGAGUGCUCGUGCCAUAUCCGCGAAGUGAAGCCAGGCGCAGCUCGCGGUUUGCGUCUCGAGAGAAGCUUGCGGGGUGAAACGCGCAAACUCUCCGACGUGCAGAAGCCAGCCGGCGGAGAAGGCGAAGCCAGAGACAGCAAACAUGAGCUUUCACAGGAUCACGCAGAACCGUGUGACCCGCAAGACGACGCUCAAGCCAAUCCGCUUGUCAUGACGCAAUGUCGCGACUUCCGAGUUGUGUGUACGUUGCCUCAUGGAGAGGACUUGGCGUCGAGAACACCAGUGUCGUCUGUCGGCGCCUCGCGCCAUUCUGCGGCCUUCGCCGGAACUGUGGGGCGGUGCCUGGCGGCCUUCCUUCGCCUCGAGGUGUACAUACACCUACAUCGAGACCUGCUGUUUCUUCAGCGCCAAGCAUACGGGAACUCGAUCGAAAUUCUCGCGUGUUUCCCCGGCGCUCUGCGCUUCCUCCUCCAUACGCCGGCUCGUCGGAGAACAGCUGGCAAUCGCCAGGAAGCUCCUUUCUCCUCUCAGAUUUCUUUGCCUUUCUCUGCAAGCAAGACGCAAGCCCCAACAGCUUCCUCGCUCAGGGCAGAGUCUACUAACGCAUGCGAAACGCUCACCUGUACAGUCGCCUUGGCGUCUCUCUUCCCUCCACGUCUCGCUUCCUCAGCCUGCAGCGAACCUCCAAACGCCCUUCCUUCCUUCCAUUCUGCCCCCCACUCUCGGACCCUGUCUGUCAGUUGCUCCACUGCCCCUCUUGUCCCGGCUCCACAUCUGGUCUCCCUCACGCCUGCCUCUUCUUCUCCCUCUUCCUCUUCUUCUCCUUCUUCCGCUUCUUCCUCUUCUCUCUCUUCUUCGUCGGCGUCUUCAUUCGCUCCAAGGUUCUCUCGUUCUUCUCUGUGGGGUGCGUCCGUCGGCUCUUCUGUCGUUGCCUUCCGAGUGGCAGCGAGUUCUUCGCUGUUGUCUUGGCUUUUCGCACGUCAAGCAGAAGCCGCGCAGCGUCUCCUGCCUCAGCAUCUGGGGACAAUGCUGCAGCUGCUUUCGAGCAGUAGCGAAUUGCUGGCGUCCUACCUCGCUCUCCACGACUGCCUCCUCCUGACGAUGCCUGUGAAGAGACGCGCGCUGCGGUCGCCCCAGUACCGCCAGGCGCAACAGAGGCGCGUUCGUGCGUUCCGCGGGACUCCGCUUUUCUUGACUCUUUCGCAGUCCGAGAACGGAGAGAAAAGCAGGGGAAGCGAACUCGCGCAGGCCGCCAGAGAGGCGAAGGCCGAUGGCGCGCGUGAUACCGGACCAGCGCCGUGGUGCGGUGUACAGACAGCGGGUCCACAUGGGCAGGGCGACUCUGGGGAACUGUCCAGAGACGAGCGGAACGAGAAAGCACAUGAGGAGCUGAGUGCUGCGUUCUCGGGAACCUGCGAGUCGCCGGAAAAAACUCUUCGCGCGCUCUCCGACGCGGCCGCAGCAGCCGGCCUCGAACUCACUCAGGUGUACGUACAGUCCGUGUCGCCUGCGCGCGCGACGCAGGCGACUUCCCGAGGGGGUGGAGGCGAGGCGCCCGGCUUUGCAGGGACAAGCCAGAGGUCUGUGUCUCCUUUGUCUCUAUCUCUUCCCUCUCCUCUAUCUGGAGACGAGGGCGGCGCCCUCGCGGAGGAUUCGACUCUCGCCUCUGCGUGUCUUCCCGCUCUUCUCCUUCGAGUUCCUGGUCUUCCUCCAGUCCUCCUCCGCCUCGACUACGCAUGCAGAUGCUGUCUGCGUCUCUACGUUGUCCUCCAAGAGACGCGUGAGCCGCCUCCCGAGCGCGGCGCCCCGAGGAAGAUCCCCGGAGAGUCUGCGGCUCUCAUUCGAAGCGGAAACACCCGAAGCGACAGGCCUGAAACAGCGCCUGCAGCGCAUGCAGCGCAUGCAGAGCAGGGGAGAGGAGCGAAGACGGUGCAGUACGUGGACGUGGAGGCGGCGGCGGGGGCAGCGCAUUUGGUGGGCUUGUUUGAGAUGGCAGAGAGGGAGAGGCGCGGCGAAGAAGGCGAGCUUUUGUCGCGCCUUCGGCAGACUGUCUCCUUCCAAGUUCUGCUUCUCGCGUCUUUCGCGUCGGCCCUGAAGCACUUUGCCUCUGCAGCUUGUGCGGCGAUUCGAGUCGAUCAUUUUGAGGCAACUCAUCGAAAGGCAGAAAACGCAAGUUUCAAGGUGAAGAGAGAGAGAGGAGAUGGCGACGCGGACGAGAUGGCGGAGGAGAACGCGCAGACGUCUGAGAGACUGCAUGCAGCCCCGCCCGCGUGCGGCAGUCUUCUCGCGCCUGCGGUGUCUCCGUUCUUUCUCCUCGGCGCGGCGUCUCAGUCCAGCUCUCGCGUUUCUUCUUCUCUUCUCUCUGAGCUUCCGCGGCUGUUCCUCAGCCCAAGCACUUGCCUGAAACUAUCCUGUGCCUCGCCGCUCCUCCUAGGCGGCUCCCACUGUCUGUACACCACAGCGCCGGUCGCUUCGCUCUUCUUCUUCCCCGGUCUGCUUCUUCCGCAGGUCCUCCUUCCCCUGCUCCAACUCUGUCGCGUCUUCGCCGUCUACUCUACAGCGAAAGUCUCCCUGACAGCGUCGGCGAUUCUCUCAGCGUCUUCCCUGUCUCCUUCCCUCCCUCCCUCCUCUUCAGUGGUCCUCGAAUCCUUGACCCUGAAAGCCUCAGAUCCGGAAACGGACACCGCGACGUCACUUCCAGAAACGCAGGUCGCGGAAGACGAAGCGAAGGACGAAAGGGAUUCUGCGCUCACGCUGUCGGUGAGCUACUCAGACUUCUCUUCUUCUCCCUGCCGUAUCCUCUGCGCGGCUGUCCCCGCCUCUCCUUCCUCGACUCCGUUCAACACCCGAGACGGCGAAAAAGCGGCCUGUCGAUCAAGGGUGAAGCCGGAAACAGAACGCAGCGAAACACCUCUUGUCUCUCGUUUCCUCUUGUCUCACGACAGCCUCUUCAAGGCGAAAGAAUCCUCCUGGAAAUUUGUCAGACCCAGGCUGUUCAACCUCCCCUGGCCUGCCGGCGCCGACGGAGGCACCCAGCUAGCGGGCAAGAUGAGCUCGCAGGAUGAACAGACAACCUACGGGUUUGCACAGAGAGAAACAGGAGGCGAAGAGAUUCGAGGACAGUCCACUUCUCUUACCGACAUCGCCUGGUCCUCCGCCACCUCCCAAGCCCUCCUCGCGCCCUGGGGGUCUGCAGGCAGCCCAAGACCGAACAUAAGCCGACAGACAGAAAACGAAAUUCCGCCGCUGCUCCCGCGACUCCACGCCGACUCAGAUGGAUGCAUGCGCGUCGUCCUUCCCUACUUCCACCUUCAGCUCGGGUCCGCUUCCGCCGCCGGGGCGAAGAACAAAGAAAAAACUCGCAGCUUGUCUGUGCUCGAAACCUUCAUGUGUUCGGUGGCACCUUGUCUGCCCUUGAAUAACAUCCCGACGUUCGUCGCAUACUUUCUCCAUGCAAACUCGGUUCGCGAGCGCCCCAAGGCUGCGGCCUCUGCGCCUGCCUCCCGCGACUCUCUGCAAGAAACGGCGACAUGGCUUUUGCAGCCUCUUCGCUCUCUGGCCGCUCAUCUCGCCUUCCACGCGGCUCUGGUGUCUCUGCGCAAAGAGCGCGCGCGAGCGAAGAAUGCGAAGGAACGAGCGACGCGAGAGAAAGACGAGAACGGAGAACGACUGAAGGCCGAGAAGCCGACAGACGAAUACAGGAACGAGGAGGAACGAGGCGAGGCCGCCAGUGACGCAUCUCUUCCUCCCCUCCCGCGGGCGCCGCCUGGAGAGGAAGAAAGUAUCUCGUUGCGAGUUGCGUACGUCACGGGAGGCCCUGAUAGCGGAACGAGGAGGAGAGAAGGUGACGACGCGAAAGCAGCUGCGCAGGAAGAACGAGAGAGCGCGCAUGCCUUGGACCAUGUUUUUUCCACUUCGGCGAAGAGGGAAAGCGGCUCUUCGCCGGCCUCUGGGGAAGACCAAAGAGCUCGCCGAAGCGCCGCCGACGCGCGCAUCCGAGAAGAGUGGUUUUACCGGUGCUACUAUCCUUCGUUGUCGGAGACUUCUCUCGACGCGGAUCCUGCUUUUGUCCGGUUCUGCUGUCUCGUAGAGGCAUUGCACGACGGACUUCUUCACUCCUUCUCGCUGUACAAAAACGAGUAUUGCUGCAUGCGUUCUUUCCUCGCGAGAGUCUUCGCCUACCUCGACGCGCGACAGUGGAGACUAGAUCUCCGCAGAGACUCGGAGCUGCAUGCUCUCGUCGCCGGGGAGACGAAGACGCAGCUCGCUGUCUCCGCAGAGUGUGGGGUGGAACGAGCUUCUCUCGCUUCUUCUCUUUCGAGAGACGCCGCGCCGAGAGACAGAUCAGGCGACGCCGCCCGCGGAGGGACAUGUACGAGAACGGAGACAGCGGGAGUCGAAGAGACAGAAGGUGUCAACUUUGAGACAGGAACAAAGACGCUUCUCCCCGAGAUAGAGACUCCGUCGGCGGGCAUUCCUCUUCUCAUUCCUCUCCCCAAACUCCCGUUCAUUGAAUGCCGAUUCCUACCUCAACAUGCGCCAGACAGUCUCUGCAUGGAGUUCGCGCUGCACCGCCUCCUCCCCCUCCAGCACUGUCCAUUCUACUCCCUUCUUCACUUUCUUCAUCUGCUUCCUCCUCGAGUUGAACUUCCUUUUCUCCUUCCUCCCGCGCCUGUCCCUCCCACAACCCAGCCGGCCCGUCUUCUUCAGCCACGGCUCAAAGCCGCUCCUCCUUCUUCCUCGUCUGCUGGCGUCCAGCAGGGAGUUGUUUCAGAAGGAAGAGGUGGAGAAGAAAGGUCUCAGGAAGCCUCUUCUUUAUCUAAAGAAGUCGUUCCUUCUCGGCUAGCCGUGGGGGCCUGGUCGGAGUCUCAGGCCGUGCAGGGAACGGCAAGUCUCGCGCAGCAGUUGUCUCCUUUUGCGGUGUAUCGAUGCUUCACUGCCACGUUGAGAAUCCAGCCGUUCCCGCCUCCCCAUGUCUCCUUCAUUCACAUUCAAGGCGUCAAACUCCCAGCUCUUCUGCAGGAACUUCAGCGCCACGAGCGCCGCGUCUCUACGGCUGUGUUAAAGCCACAGAUGGAACGCGUCUCUCGAAAUUUCCACUUGCCAAUUUCGUACUCUCUGGCGGCAUGUGCGUCGCUCUUCUUCGGCGCCGUCGACUUUGACGGACUCGCGCGGGCUCUCCAGAAACUCGCGUCCCAACAUGAAGCAGGGGAACUCCCAGAGGGCGCAAAGUCGGGGACGACUGGACAAAGCCAACUGCAUGCGCCGCCCGCCUCGUCGCGGAGCGGUGUCUCUGGAGGGCCUCAGCCAGGUCGUCCGCCUGUCGCUGCCGCUUCACGCGAACUCCAGGCGAAUGCGUCAUCGUCCUCGGGUGCGGCGCCUUCAUCCCACGCAGAAGCUGUCGCGAAAGUUCCUCAGAAAGCCACUCUCUCUGCUCCAGAUGCCCGGGUGUCUGCGGAGGCUCGGCAGCUCGCAGGGCAGGCCGGCGCGUUUGCGCUUAACCGCCCUGGCGCGGCUGCUGCAGCGCCAGUGCCCUCGCCGUUACAGCAGAGGGAAACAUGGGCGGAUUCCGGCGCGGGAAGACACCCGGUGACAAGCGAUCGAAGUCCUCCCACGAGUACUCUCGUGGAAACUCAGAUUCAACGCACUGCAAACACUGCAGCUGGCCGUGGCAUUUACCAGGAGGGCCACCCCGCCUCGCGGCUGUCGCCUGGCCACAGCGAGGGCGGCGCCCCCGGUGUACGUACACCCCAACCGGUUGAGCCCCCAGCAAGCUCGGUGGCGCCGGCGGGUGCAGAGAGGCAUUUUCCAGGCCACGCACAUUUGCAGGCUCAAGGACUCAGAUCAGCCGACGUGGACCCAGCACAGCAGCGAGGAACACAAGGCAGACACUUUGGCAAUGCAUUUGUUGUCGGAGGGAGGGAAGCCGGAAUCCGCGGCCUUCCUGGAAAGGAGGCGUCUGUGCCUCAAAUCAAGGGCGUCCCACAAGACUAUUCUCCGGGGCUGGGCCACCCAGGCGUUCCGAUCGCCUCGGCCGCCGGGAUUCCGGGGGUGCAGUGCAUGCAAACGGUGGGGCUGGGCAGCACUCUGCAUGCAGUUCCCGGGUCGUCUCACCUGGUCCCGACCCAACGGCAAGUGCCUUCGCGGCCGAGCUUAGAAGGUGGCCAGGCUGCGUUCGAUGCUCGAGUAAACGGACAAAUUCCAGGAGACAGCGGAUCUGCCGCUCACAGUGGACGCAGAGGCGCAGCGUGCGCUGUAUCUACAGAUCAGGAGGCGGGACGCGCAGCUUCCCACCACACUCUGCCGGGGAUGCGGGCACCUGCGCAGGUUCUCGUGGAGCCAUCGAGGCAUUCGGGGUAUGUCGAGGAUCCUCAAGGGGGCUAUCGCCACGGGGAAGGAAUCUCGCAGCCUCACGCGGCAAGCGACGGGACGCAGGCGGCGAUGGCGCAUGCAGCCAUGCGUGUCUCUGGUGCGCCACCGCAACAGAUCCCGAUGGCGACGGCGAAGGGAGUGAGUGGCGUACCCCUGGGCCACGGCCAAGAGUUGUCUCUCCAGGCUCGGCAGGUGCCGCCGACGUUGCAGGCGUCGCAGGCGCAAGAGGCCUAUGGGGGCAUCGUGGGUCAGCCACACACAGAGGGAUACGCUUCUUUCGGCGGGGAGAGGCAAAUGGGUCGCCUAGCGGGGUACAGCGGCGGGAGCGAAGGUGGCAGGGAGCAGGUUUCCAGGGGGGCGAGGAUGCAGCAGGAGGCGUUCCAUGGAGCUCAUGGCUUGGCGCACAGCAGCCGUUCACACCAGGCCGCUUCGCCGCAUUUCCAUCUCGUUCAACACCAAGGCAGUCAGCAGGUGGGAAGGAGUCUUUCCGGACAGUUGCCUCAGCACACGGCGGCGCAGGGUGCGAGACCUGGAUUUGUGGUCGCGCAAACUCCAGCGGGCGUGACAUCCACACAGAUGCGACAUGGAGAUCCCCAAGAGGCUUUGAUGCUGCAAGCGCGGCGGGGACGCAUGCAACAAGCCCCCCAUCAGCAUGCAAUCCACGCGCAGCAGCAAGUUUCGUACGAUGUUGCACAGCGAGGCGCAGCCGGUACGGAAGGCGUGGGCGGACCAGCGGCCUCGACGGGUGCUGCUGGGAUGCAUCCUGCACAGCGUGGAGGACCUGUGUGGAGAUCCGGAGGCGGAGAGGUGCUCCACCAGGGGGCUCAGCAGAUGCAGUCGCCGCCUCGCCAGACCUAUGCCGGGCAUGCCAGCAAUCCGGAAGAGACCCAACAGAACACCCGGUCAGGAGGUUCCGAUACCCCGAGCUACGGGGUGUGUCGAGGCCAAGGCUACCAGGUCGGCGGCCGUGAAGUAGGUGGAACAAGUCAGUACCUCCAUCAAGCGGGUACGGCAGCCAGUCUGACGCCGACUCACCGCCAGCAACCGAUCCCUGGUGUCCACACCCAGCCACACAUGCACAUGCAGCACGCCCCCCAGCUCGACCGUGGCAUUUCUCGGCAAGUGGCCCACGCCGGAGUGUCUGAGGGCGGAGCACCAGGCUGCGGCAUGCCUCACGCACAGCUGGAACAAACCCAGGUGUCUGUGCACCCGGCGGCGAGUCGCCAUUCGCGCCCGGUGUGCAGUGGACAACGCGAGCUCUAUCAACAAGGAAAUGCAGACACCGGGGCAGGUGGCUACGGCUACUCAAUGCAGCAGCAACAAAGCAGCCAGCCAGGGCACCCGCAUCACGAUCCGCACCAGCAAAUGCACCCUUCGGCUCGAGGCGGGCCAGGUUGGUAGGCAUCCAUUCGAAAGCCAGGUGGAAAGAGUUUGCUGGACACAGGAUGCUGGUGACGGUGAAAAAGGAGUAGCCAAUGCAAAGUGUGGACUAGGUUGAGAGUAGAAGAUGAACAACUGUAGUCGCCGUUUGAGUGUGUUGUGCUGACCUUGUCGA